GUUUCUACCGUGUUUGAGAAAACUGUCAUUUCACUGAUAGAUUGAAUGAUAGGAAUUAGAAUGAGUAAUUUAAGAAAAUUUAUAGAUAUCGGGGCUAAUUUGACCGAUCCUAUGUAUCAAGGUAUUUAUCAUGGAUCACAAAAGCAUCUCCCAGAUUUGGAUAAAGUUUUAGAACGAAGUUGGAAUAACAAUAUUUCGAAAAUUAUAAUCACUGCCGGUAAUAUAGAAGAAAGUAAAAAAGCUCUCGAAAUAGCUCGAACAGAUGAACGGCUAUUUUCUACAGUUGGUUGUCAUCCAACUCAUUGUUAUGAAUUUGAAGCAAAUGGUGAUCCAGAAGGCUAUCUUAAAUCAUUAUCAGAUUUAGCAGCAGACAAUAAAGACAAAGUUGUUGCUAUUGGUGAAAUGGGACUAGAUUAUGAUAGGCUGCAAUUUUGUUCUAAAGAUAUUCAAAAGAAAUAUUUUGAAAUGCAGUUAUCCUUAUGUUCCACUUUGAAAUUACCAAUGUUUCUACAUUGCCGUAAUGCUAGUGAAGAUUUUGUAAGAAUUUUAAGAAAAUACAAAGAUACAUUAACAGCUGGUGUUGUACACUCUUUUGAUGGUAAUCCAGAAGAAGCUAAUUCCAUUCUACAAAUGGGGUUAUAUAUUGGUAUUAAUGGAUGUUCUCUUAAAACAGAAGAGAACCUUUUUGCUGUUACAACUAUACCGUUAGAUAAGUUGAUGAUAGAAACUGAUUGUCCAUGGUGUGAAAUAAGACCUACACAUGCCUCUGCAAAAGAUGUUAUUACCAAUUUUCAAUCCAAUAAAAAAGAAAAGUGGCAACCUGAUAAAAUGGUUAAAGGAAGAAAUGAACCAUGCACAAUAGUCCAAAUUUUGGAAGUACUUGCACGAAUUAGAGAUGAAGAAGAAGAAUAUUUAUGUAACCAAAUAUAUAAAAAUACAAUGAAAGUCUUUUUUCCUCAUGAGCUCUAA